GCUCACCCGCCGUACAUACUAAGGGGAUAUGAGCUUUAUGAACUAUCACCUCACAUAUGCGGGGUUUUCCAAUCCGUAUCCUGUCAUUGCACCGAGCAUCAGCAAUACACGCUUUCGCUAGCGAGUAGGAGAGAGGUCCGAUAUUGCGUUGCAGAAACAAACCUCGCACAUGAUGAUAUUAUUACUAGGUUAGAGUAAUGGCAUAGUAGCUAUAUAGAUGAAGCUCGCCAAGAUCUUCUCGAAUAAUUAUCCCAUUUAUUUCUGACAUACCUACCUAAGCAAAAAAAAAAAAAAAAAAAAAAACCCUUCAGGGAUGCAUGUUUUGAUUGUGGGCGGCGGAAUCGUUGGCCUCACCAUAGCUCAAGGAUGUCGCGAGAAUAACAUACCUUACACCGUUUUCGAAAAGUCGACAGAGGGAAAUCUUAGACAGGGUUGGGCCUUAACACUGCACUGGUGUUUAAGCUCUCUAAAGAGAACUGUUGGUUCAAGAGUCGCGAGUAGGGUUUCCGACGCCACAGUUGACGGGUCAUUAAGCAACGAUGCAGGUGACUUUCUGUUCUUCAAUUGCGAAACAGCCGAGAUUCGCUAUAAGAUUCCGCCUUCAAAAACUCGACUUAGAUUGAACCGAAAGAGGUUAAGAUCCAUACUUGCAAGCGGAAUCAAUAUCCAAGAAGGCAAAAAGUUGGCAUCGGUGGAAACAUUCGAGGGUGGGGUUAGGGCGCAUUUUGAAGAUGGCACUUUUGCGGACGGGACAAUUUUAAUAGGGGCCGACGGAAGCAAUAGCAACGUUCGCAAGCAUCUUCUUCCUAACGAUUACGCUCUACACCCUCUGCCAGUGAGCCUUAUAGGCGUAAUACGCCACUUCAGUCCGGAACAAGCAGCUUCAGUUCGAGCGCUCGACCCGCUACUCUUCCAAGGUCUUCACCCGAAAACUGGAAAUUACCUAUGGUAUAGUAUACACGAUUGCUUUGAGGAACCAGACGGCCAACGUUCCUUCGACGCGCAAGUCAUAAUCUCUUGGAUCGUGAGAGACUCACUUUCAGAUGCCAUACCAGAUACCCACGAGGAGCGGAUAAAACUUAUGAAGAAGCGUGCCAACGAUUUCGCUGAACCCCUCCGAAGCAUCGUAAUGGAUAUUCCUGACGAUUUAAGUCCCACAACUGCCUUCAAACUAGCAGACUAUCCUCCUAGAAAAUGGGACAAUCGCAAGGGGCGCGUGACACUCGCCGGAGAUAGCGCUCAUGCUAUGACCAUGUACCGUGGCGAAGGAGCAAACCACGGGAUUCUGGAUGCAGCGUUACUAGUAGACCAACUGAAGAAGAUACAUAGGUGUGAAAUAGAUCAGGAGGUAGCCAUUGACACCUACGAAGCUGAGAUGCUGCCGCGGACCCUUGAUGCUGUCCUGAAGAGCCGCGAAGCCGCUUUAGUUGCUCACAAUUGGGAGGCGCUUACGAAGGAUUCUCCGGUCGUCGCCGCAAGACUACCCCCAUCUGCCGCCUUAAUUUGAAUCGGCCAUGGUAUACUAGGUACAUAUGAGACUAUGUAUGCAUGCGCUAUUUCAAUCUAGGAUAUCUUUAUUGAGUUGAGUAUUUGUAU